AUGGCAGCUCUUUCCACGGCCGCGACACGGCUCCCUUCCUCCAGCCUAGUAUCGCUCUCUGGCGUUUCCGGAAGUAACUUGCAGACGAAGGGAGCUACUAGCGUAGCAGGGUGCAGCAGAGGGUUACGGCAAGUUGUUCGUGCCGAGAUGGGAGGCGGUGAUCAGCCUUCGAGCUCCCAGGCGACUGAGCCCGCUGCGGCAGCGUCUUCAUCUAGCGACAUCCGGGCACCUGAAAAUUUUGUGCCGCCCGAACCUAAGCCGUUCUCCGUAGCGAGCGGUCAGCUGGGAGCCGUGAUUGGCGCAUCGUUGCCGAUCCUCUUCCGCCUCGGCACGGGCGUGUUCAGCGAAGGGUACAAUGCCAAGGUGGAGUCUUCGUCUGCAGUGAAGGACGAGGAUUAUGCACUGGGGCCAGUCAUGGGGUACAAGCUGGUGGAAACCACCACGGGCGAGCUCAAGCCAGCGACUAAGCCCAUCGAGCUCUACGAGUUUGAAGGCUGUCCGUUUUGCCGCAAGGUCCGUGAGAUGGUGUCAGUGUUGGAUCUAGACGUGCUCUUCUACCCGUGCCCAGUCAAUGGACCCACGUACCGACCCAAGGCCAUUGAGAUGGGCGGCAAGAGGCAGUUCCCCUACAUGGUGGAUCCCAACACGGGAGUGAGCAUGUACGAGUCGGAUGAAAUCAUCAAGUACCUCGCCAACACUUAUGGUAUGUGUCAUCUCUAG